GUAAAAUUCAAAUAACAGUUGUCAUGUAAGAAUGCACAAUGUGACACAAGGCCAGAAGAAUGAGGGAAUGCCAGCUGUGCUGGUGUGUGGCUUCUUUCACUUGUUCUUUCUAAAGGACAAGUGAAAGAAUGUCUGCAUGGGUGGAUCUUUGAGGAGACAGUGAGUUUCAGUCAGAAGCAGAAACACCCAGUGAACUUCUCCCACACAUGCAGUCAGUGUUUCAGCAACAUGGAGACUGUUUCUAGUCUGCUCUUUUUACUUCUAACUGUACACUCAGUAAGUGCGCUUAAGUGUUACGUGUGUGGCUCCGUAACAUCAAAUCAAGAAUGUAACAAAAACUUUCAGGACUGCCAGGCUCCUCUGGACACCUGCAUGACCACUGUAGGCACACUAGGAAGUGUUACUGCCAUUGUGAAGACAUGCUCCUAUUCAAAAAUCUGCACAAGUGCUGCUGCAUCUGCCUCUGUGGACAGUAAUGGAGAUGGAGUGCAGGUGACAUGCUGUAACAGUUACCUGUGUAACUACAGUGGAGCCGCCAGCGUUACACUGCACAGGUGGCUGAUGGUCCUACCUCUGAUCCUCAUCACUCUCCUCUUCAGACAGAACACUUGAAAUGUGAAACACUCAGGGUAUUGAUGGAUUAAAUCCCAUCAUGGACUAAAACGGUCUUCAUACUGAAAAUCCAACCUUGUAACUACUGAACUGAGCUAUCUAGAAAAUGUCAAUUCCCCUGCUUCAUUAGCCUACUUGUUAGGUAAGGCCUUUUUGUUGAAAAUAAGGAUGCCAGUUCAU